AUGGCCCCCCGCAGCAUCAUCCUUUUCGCCCUGGGCGCCCUCGCCGUCGAGGCCAACAUGCUUCUGCCCCGCGCCGGCAAGGACGCGGGCCUGGACGACUCGAUCUUCUCCAUCUGCAGCACCGAGGUCCCGGCCCAGACCUCGUCGUACGAGGGCUGCUACUCGAGCGCCAUGCUCGCCGUCGGCGCCUGCAAGGGCAGCCCGGAAGCGUGCGGCUGCAGCCUGUACACGGCCAUUGCCAAGACCUGCAUCCCCAUCGUCUGCCCCACCGCCCUGGCCUCGUCCCUCCUCUCGGUCGGCUGCGAGGCCCUGAUCGGGGCGACGGCCACGGCCACGGGCGGCGGCUCUGCGAAGCCCACGUCGGCGGCAGGGACGGCCAAGACGGGCGGUGGCAACAGCGGUUCGGGCACGGCCAAGACGGGCGGUGGCAACAGCGGUUCGGGCACGGCCAAUACGGGAUCCGUCAGCCCCGUCUCCCCGACGCCGGCGCCUACGGGCGGGGCCGCGACCACGGGCGGCGGCUCGUCGGGCACUGAUACUGGCUCGGGCUCGGGCUCUGGUUCUGGUUCGGGCUCUGGAGGCAGCAGCGCUGGUAGCAACAACAACGGCGGCAGCCCGCAAACCACCUCGUCUAGGGCUUUCGCUGGCGACAUGGCGGUGCCCGUGGUUGGUGGUGCUAUUGCUGGUCUUGUCGGUGCCCUGGCUGUUCUGCUGUGA